GGGAACAGUCGCUGGGUGCUCCUGUGUGUCUGCGUGCGUCAGUUCUCCCACAAAGCCUUGCGGAGGAGCGGACUGGGACUGGGAGCGCUAGUGUUGCGCUAGCUAAUGAUAGGGGCUGGGUAAUUACGGAGCAACAGGCUAACUACACAACUACUGCGCAGCGUUCACUUCUAAACUUAUUCAGCAGCUUAAACUCCCUUACCCUCGGUCGGUAGAGCCCCUACACACUCGGGAAGACCGUGGCGCGGUGUGGAACCGCGUGUGGAGCUCUGUGUUGAGUCUGAAGUCUGCAGUUGGGAAAGUUUGAGCUGCGCUAGAGGUUAGCAGGCUAAUGGGCUGCUGCUCUGUUGUUGUCCGGAUGCGGAGCUAACUGACUAGCAGGCUAGGUCGCUAUGGGCUGCGGGGCGGUGUGAGGAACCAGCCGGAACCGCGGAGGAUCAGCUAGGUUAUCAACCCGUCAGUGGUGUGAAGAUGACCGCUGUAGCGUUAAUUCCUCAGGUCCAGGAACGACACGGAGGGACUGGUUCGCAGGAUGCCUUCCCCGCGGUUAUUUCACUACAGUAAAACCCGCCGCCGCCGCUGCUUCUGAGCGAUGCUCUCCAGAAAGAAAAGCAAGAGCGAAGCUUCUAAACCAGCAGAAGUUCAAGGGAAGUACGUGAAGAAGGAGACGUCCCCGCUGCUGAGGAAUCUUAUGCCCCCGUUCAUCCGUCAUGGCCCAACAAUCCCACGGCGAACUGAGGUGCCGUUGCCUGAUGCCCCUGCAGUACCUGGUGCAGGGGCAAAUGUGUACCCGCUGGGCUCAGCGGCGGAGGCAGGAGCACGAAAGAGUUUUCUCCGUAGUGCAGCCCCACGACCCCCCCACGAGGUCUCCCGCAGAGAGAGCCACCGUCUGUCUGCCCCUCCAUAUCUCCCUCGCUCUCUCUCUGACCUUCCCCACGACUACUCCUCUUCCUCGCCCUCCUUCGUCAGUGACGGUGGGCAGAUAACAGAGAACGGAGAUGGAGGUCGGUACUAUUAUGCCCCUGAGACUUACUAUGAGAAUCAGCCUCGUCGCACACGUAGGCCUGAGCAUUUCCACGAUGACUAUAGAUAUUACGAUCACAGUGAACUCAACUACAGGGUGCCUCCACAGCCCCAGACACCCCAGCCCCACAGCAGGCCACCUGCAGCUAUUGGGAGAAUGCAGGCGAAGUCUCUGGGUAACCUUACAAGUUUGAGUGCAGAGGAGACGGCCCUUCCACCAGGCUGGACAGUUGAUUGGACAAUCAGAGGCCGGAAGUAUUACAUCGAUCACAACACCAACACCACUCAUUGGAGUCACCCACUAGAGAGGGAGGGUCUCCCACCUGGCUGGGAGAGGGUGGAGUCAGCAGAGUUUGGAGUUUAUUAUGUUGACCAUAUCAACAAACGUGCCCAAUAUAGACACCCUUGUGCUCCCAGUGUUCCACGCUACGAUCAGCCCCCACCCCUUCCACCACCCAUCACUUACCAGCCCCGCCCACCAGAGCGGAAUCAGCCAGUGUUGGUACCAGCUAACCCCUACCACACUGCCGAGAUUCCAGACUGGCUGCAGGUCUACGCCAGAGCACCCUUAAAAUAUGACCACAUCCUAAAGUGGGAGCUGUUUCAGCUGAUGGAUCUGGAUACGUAUCAGGGCAUGCUGAAGCUGUUGUUCAUGAAAGAACUGGAGCGAAUUGUUAAAUCUUACGAGGCAUACCGGCAAGCACUGCUCACUGAACUCGAUAUCCGCAAACAGCGGCAGCAGUGGUACGCUCAGCACCCAACCAAAAACUUCCCUCAGAACAUGUGACCUGCAGCAGACGUAAAUGUACAUCGCCAAGCCUUAUUAUAAAUGACACCCUCUGCAGAAAUGUGUGCCUUAGCAGCAUGUUGUGUACUGUGUACUGCUGCCAAACAUGAAAUGCAUCAAUAUUCGCACUCAGAUAUCCUUCAAAUGCUGUGCUGUAUGGAGGUCACUUGGAGACUGUACAAGAAUCAGAUGCAGAACCAUACACAAAUCAACAGCAUAUGUAUACUGUAACCCUCGACAACAUGCUUCUGCCUGUAGCCUUACAGAUUUUAGCCAUUUUAUUGCUUCUUACUGAUUGAGAGAGUGGCUGAAAUCCUUCCUCUGUGGUGCCUGCCUGGAGUCAUUUUCCAGAAAACUCUAGUACAAAGACCACCAAAGAUGCAAUAAGCAAAAACUCUGAUUUUUUUCUAUUGUUAAGAUUACACUACAGUGCCUUCUCUGCAUUCUUCUUUACUAAUCUGAAUUAGCUUUUUUCUCUUUUACACUUUCAUUCAUACAUGCAUACAUACAGGCAGCUGACCUCUCUUCUCCUGUCUAAAGUGUCUUAUGGUAUAUUCCUCUAUGCCAGCGGUGGGCAAUUCUGGUACCGAAGGGGCCGAAUUCCUGCACAGUUCUGUGCUUUCCCUGUUCAAACUCGCCUGAUUCAACCCACCUGUUAAAGGUCAGGUUAUCAGGUCUGGUAUAGCAGGGAAAUCAGCAAGCUGUGCUUGCCCACCUGUGCACUGUGCUCUUCUGUUCAGCGUGUGUAGCCACUCAGCCUCUAGCCAAUGCUGUUCUGCCUGCAGCCAAUGGACAUUUUUUUAUAUAUAUGAUCUGACAAUGACAAUCCAGCAUGCUCUGUAUGUAGGAGGUUUGUACAUGUUGUUUUUUUGUUUAAGGAAUAUGUCUUUAUUUAAAGACUAAUUUCUUGGCCAGAAGCAUCACAUGUGGUGCAGGCAUUACUUUGAAAUAAUGAUCCAUCUUUAUAUUAUAUGAUAUCUAUUUUCUCUGUAUAAUGAAAUUAUAUAACAUAUAAAACAUA